GUUCUGUUUCAGUUUCCUCCAUCCUACGCAGGGAUCUCUGAGGUGAACCAACCUGCUGAGCUGCUGCCUCAGUUCUCCACCAUCGAGUACGUGGUCCAGCGGGGUCCUCAGAUGCCACUGGUCUUCCUGUAUGUGGUGGACACCUGUAUGGAGGACGAGGACCUGCAGGCUCUGAAGGAGUCCCUGCAGAUGUCCCUGUCUCUGCUGCCUCCCACCGCACUAGUCGGACUCAUUACCUUCGGCCGGAUGGUUCAGGUCCACGAGCUCGGCUGUGAGGGUAUCUCCAAGAGCUACGUCUUCAGGGGGACCAAGGACCUCAAUGCCAAGCAGCUACAGGAGAUGCUCGGUCUCACCAAACCUUCAGCCACUCAGGCACGAGGUCCUCAAACUACCCCACAGCCUCUGUCCAACAGGUUCCUGCAGCCGGUGCAGAAGAUCGACAUGAACCUGACUGACCUGUUGGGGGAGCUGCAGCGCGACCCCUGGCCCGUCACGCAGGGAAAGAGGCCGCUGCGCUCCCUGGGUGUCGCCAUGUCCAUCGCCGUGGGGCUGCUGGAGUGCACCUUCCCCAACACUGGCGCUCGGAUCAUGACGUUCAUCGGGGGCCCGGCAACGCAGGGCCCCGGGAUGGUGGUUGGAGACGAACUGAAGAUCCCCAUCAGGUCCUGGCACGACCUCGAGAAGGACAACGCCAAGUUCAUGAAGAAAGCCACGAAGCACUAUGAGUCUCUAGCUAACAGAGCGUCCACUAACGGUCACAUCAUCGACAUCUACGCCUGUGCUCUGGAUCAGACCGGCCUCCUGGAGAUGAAGUGCUGCGCCAACUACACCGGAGGUUACAUGGUGAUGGCAGACUCCUUCAACACAUCUCUGUUCAAACAAACCUUCCAGAGAGUUUUCACCAAAGAAGUCCAGGGAUCCUUCAAGAUGGCCUUCGCCGCCACGCUGGAGGUCAAGACGUCCAGAGAGAUCAAAGUAUCGGGAGCGAUCGGACCCUGUGUGUCUCUGAGCGCCAAAGGACCCUGUGUCUCUGAGAACGAGAUCGGGACAGGAGGAACGUGUCAGUGGAAGAUCUGUGGUUUGGAUCCGACCACCACGCUGGCUCUUUACUUUGAGGUGGUCAACCAGGUACGAACGCUUGACCUCUGACCUUUAGAUGGUCUGAGAUCAGCCUGAAAAUGUGCUGAAACUC